AAACGAAGAUCUCUAUCUGCAUGAUUUGGGCGUAGCUUUUUCUUCCCCAAAUAUCGCUUCAUCGAGAUUGCUAGGGUUUCUCCUCUUCGAUCUUCGCUGCGCAUCAACAUCUAUUGAUUCGAUUUCGUGCUGUUAUUUCCCUCUCUGAUUUAUUGAUCGGAAAUUUCGUCUCGAUUCGAUUCAUUAGGUUCCAUCACUCUUCUCUGAUCGGCUUCGUCUCGGUGAAAGGAGGAGAAGAUCCGUUAUUUUCUUAUGUAAUUGAGUCUGAUAUUCGUUAUCUGUUGGCUGGUUUGAUGAGGAAGAAGCGGAAAGGUAGUGAAACUGAGGGUUGGGAGAAUUUACCAGAGGAUUUAUUAUGUUCAACUGCAUCACGAUCAUCCAACUUUAGGUCGCACUUUUCACUAGAGGGUUAUGCUAGACUUAAGAAGCGGUGUAAGGAGACUGAAGCUGUCGAGUCUGUUGGUUCCUUUAAGAGACGAAUUGCUGGUGUUGCUACUGCACCUCCUUGUGGUGCAUCAUCUUUGGUUUCAUCAGGAAGAGGUUUGAAGAGGAAGAUAGGGUGCAUAGAUGUUUCCACGCAGACUGGUAGGAAGAAUAAGAUAGGCGAUGACUAUGUUUUUGGUCGAAAUAUUGGGAAAGGGAAAUUUGGGUCAGUCAGGAUCUGUAAGUCUAGGAAGAAUGGGACUGAGUUUGCUUGUAAAACUCUGAAGAAGGGGGAGGAGACUGUUCACCGGGAAGUUGAGAUAAUGCAACAUUUAUCUGGUCAUCCUCGGGUAGUCACGUUGCAUGCUGUAUAUGAAGAGUCAGACUCUUUCCAUCUUGUGAUGGAGCUGUGUUCAGGGGGACGUUUGAUUGAUCAGAUGGUAAAGGUGGGCAGGUAUUCUGAGCAGCGAGCAGCUAAUAUAUUCAAGGACCUCAUGCUAGUCAUCAAUUAUUGCCACGAGAUGGGAGUUGUGCACAGAGACAUAAAACCAGAGAAUAUUCUCCUAACAGCUGCUGGGAAGAUACAGCUAGCUGAUUUUGGCCUCGCCAUGAGAAUUGCAAAAGGUCAAACACUGUCAGGAUUGGCAGGAAGUCCUGCUUAUGUUGCACCUGAAGUUCUUUCUGAAAAUUAUUCAGAGAAGGUCGACAUUUGGAGUGCAGGUGUCCUAUUAUAUGCUCUCUUGUCUGGUGUACUCCCUUUUAAGGGAGACUCAUUGGACGCUAUUUUCGAAGCAAUCAAAAACGUGAAGCUUGAUUUCAACUCAGGAGUGUGGGAGUCUGUGUCCAAACCUGCCCGUGAUCUCUUGGCGAGAAUGCUAACAAGGGAAGAAUCUGCCAGAAUCACAGCGGAUGAAGUGCUAAGGCAUCCAUGGAUACUCUUUUACACAGACCGGACACUCAAGACCAUGUGUAUCAAGUCGAAGCACAAGAGUCAAGCAGCAUCUCUUCCGUGCCUCCAGAAUCGCAGUCCCACAGAGAAAACUGACCUAAACAGAGCUAACAGAGAAAAGAAGAUACCAUCUGAUUCACCGACUGAUUCAUUCUCCAACACAGAGGAGGAAGAAGAUGAGAGCGGUGUGGUCGAUGUGCUUGUUGUUGCAAUCUCCAACGUGAGGAUCUCAGAACCAAAGAGAAGCAGAGUCUGUAGUCCCACCAAUAACCCCAUUGAGCAGCAACACUCUUCUAACUUGACCUCGACUAAUACACUCUGUCGAGCGUUCUGACAAAACCAGACCACACACGCACAUGGGCAUUGUCCAAGCCACAAGCCGCCACAAAGCUACGGUUUCUCCACGAUCUUAGUGACUUUUCUGUCAUAAUAGCGCUCUCUAAUAGUUGGAUUUGAUAUGAUUCUGGGCUUUUUCCUCUUCUACAUCUCUGACUAUGACCAUGUACAGAUCAUGUAAAUAGAAUAUGCUAAACAAAUGAUUGAUCCGAUUUUGGAUCGGAGUUAUAAGGUGUUGUUUCUAGCCCCUUCAUAAAAUUUUGGAAGGAAAAA